GACAUUGCGUACGUGUGAAUCAGAUGCCUGUAUAUGGAGUAGUCAUGGCUAGAAAUGACUUGAUCCUAACGGUAUUCUUAAGGCUGCGCUUAAGCUUUUACACAUGGUGUCGAUUUUGACGGUGUAAAUAAGAAGGGCAUCUCUAAAACAGGAUCUGGACGUGAUAUCGCAGAAGGAGCGAGGCGCGUAAAAAAAAUUGGCGCGUUAAGUUGAAUGUCAAGUUGACGCUGGACACUUGCGUUAUGAUGCCACGAGACAACAUGACUUCCACUGUCCAGAAAAUCGCCAAACAGGCCCUUACGACUUUCCGAAACCCCUCGGUUGUCGGAGAACACAAUAAAGUGUUUUUGGAGAAUCUGAGCAAGCUGAAAAGCCUCAUGGCGGAGGUCAGAGCGGCGGAUUUGAGGAUCGCACCCCGGACCAUCGAGGGCGCCCCGAUGCCGUCCCAGCGCAUCGCGCCUCCCGUGACAUACAUGCACAUUUACGAGACCGACACGUUCAGCAUGGGGGUGUUUUUAUUAAAAACGGGCGCUUCGAUACCCUUGCAUGAUCAUCCGGGGAUGUACGGCAUACUCAAGGUGAUUUACGGCAAGGUGCGAAUCAGCUGUUUCGACAGGUUGGAUAAGCCUAGAGAUGGUGCCAGCGGCGUGCAGUUCAACCCUCCGCUGAUGCCCUUCCAGAGGAGCUCACUUCGGCCUUCGAUGCUGAGGUCGGUGGGGGAGUACACGGAGGAGAACGGCCUGUGUGUGCUGUCACCCCAAAAAGACAAUAUCCACCAGAUAGACGCUGUUGACGGACCCACCGCUUUCCUUGACAUAUUAUCACCGCCGUAUGAUCCAGAUGAAGGGAGGGACUGUCAUUAUUAUAAAGUUUUGCAUGCGCAUUCAGAGGCUGCAGACAGAAAGAGCGAAGCUCAGGAACAGGGUGACCUGUGGCUUAUGGAAAUACCACAGCCUAGUGAAUUCUGGUGUGGUGGUGAACCCUACCCAGGGCCUAAAGUGUCCCUCUGAAGGAUCUGACUGUAAACUGGCUGCCUUGUUUUUUUCCUUAUGAUUUGAAAUACCUAAGCACUUAUCACGGCUGCUGUCUUUAACUUUUUAUCGUCUUUUGGCUAUUAUUUUGUACAUGCGUCCAUACAUUUCCAAUGUUUGCAUGCAAACUGUUCUGAUUUUGUGUACAGGUUCAACAAAAGAACUAGUCCCUGUUCAUUCUUUGUUGCCUGGAUUCACUCUGUAUAGCAUGUGAUAAAUAUUUAAAUACUUGUGGCAGAUGUGAGAUUUGGUUUAACAAAGGCUUCUAUCAGAGCAGAAAUCUGCUCAUCAUGUUUCCGUUGAUAUAUUGUGUUAAUAAUGCAUUAAGUUAUCAGAACACUGAAAUGUUCAGCAACAAACUUGACAAAUUGGCCGUGUAACACUGGAUACCUAUUUGAACACUCCUGGUAAUUAUGACAAUAAAGCACUUGGCUAGGAUGUCAAUUUAACUAAUGAAAGUGAAUAAGACUGUUGAAAUAUGAACAAUGUGAUGUGAAUUUUGCAUAAAACAUUAAAGUUCUGAUUUGCCUUAGACUUCAGCUAAUAAAAGAUGCAGUAGAAAGUGA